AUGGCAGUAACCGUAGCGGCAUCUGCGACACCAGGUGCCGGCCCGUCACGUCCCCGCGAGCCCGACUUGUGGGCUCCCCAGCGAUAUCUCGAGCCCAACCAUCCCGACAAUGAGGAGGUACUCGAACAGGCGGCGUACCAGGCUGCCGUCACGCGUCCGGCAGGCGACACGCGCAGCAACAGGAAGUACAAGCCGCGUAGGACAGUCGACUACAUGGGUGGUGUUCAGAAAUGGCGCAUGAUGAGCAAGAAGCAGGCGAUCCCUAUCACGCUGCCGCCAAUACAUCCAAACCCGAGCGAUAUCAUUAAUCUCCUUCCUCCAGUGGCGCACAUCAACGACCCAUCGACAUCCAUCUGCGACUACUUUGUCCACACGAGUAUCAACAAGGAGCGCUCGCCAACGCGUGUGGUGCAGUGGACACCUGACGCGCGUCGGUUAUUGACGGGCAAUGACAAAGGGCAGUUUACGCUAUGGAACGGUGCAUCGUUCAACUACGAGUCCAUCACGCAGGUUCACGACGACAGCAUCCGUUCCAUGGCGUACAGUCACAACGGCACUGCGCUCGUGUCGACAGACAAGGCCGGGACGAUCAAGUACUUUACCCCCCAUCUGACCAACAUCCACGGGUUCCAGGGACACCGCGAGGCGUGCCACGGCAUCUCGUGGAGCCCGAACGACGAGCGUUUCGUCACUGGCGGCGACGACGGCCUGGUAAAGAUCUGGAACUAUCGUGCUGCGUCAUCUGAACGCGAGCUCUCGGGCCACGGAUGGGACGUCCGCUGCGUCGACUGGCAUCCGACCAAGGGUCUGGUAGUGAGCGGAAGCAAGGAUAUGCUCGUCAAGUUCUGGGACCCGCGCACAGGCAAGGAGCUGAGCACGCUGCAUUCGCACAAGGCCGUCGUCAACGCCGCCUCGUGGAAUCCCGAGGGGCACAUUGUCGCCACCGCCGGAGGAGACGGGUAUAUUCGUCUCUUUGACAUCCGCACGUUCCGCGAACUCGACGCGCUCAAGGGCGCCAAGGAGGUCAACACGCUUGCAUGGCAUCCGAUCCACCACUCGCUCUUGGCCAGUGGCGACGCCGGUGGCUCCAUUGCUUACUGGUCCCUCCUGGCGCCUGACCCAAGCAAGCCCGUCACCCUGUUAGAGGCGGCGCACGACGACGCGGUCUUCUCCCUCUCCUUCCACCCGCUCGGGCACAUCCUCUGCUCAGGCUCUAAAGACUUCACCGCUCGCUUCUGGUGCCGCGCCCGUCCAGGCGGCGGCCACGAGAUCGACAAGUAUCACAUUGGUGAGGAAGCUGCGUUCCGUGCCGAGGCAGAGGAGGCCAACAGGUCCCGCUGGCCCGACCUGCCACAGGAGAAUAAAGCCCCGUCCGGUAUUGGGGGUGUACCAGGCCUCCCUGGUUUCGGUGCCAAGCCCAACGUCCCUUCUGGGAACUCGACGCCGACGCGCGGUCCGUCGGGGCCACCAGGACUAUCUGGGCCUCCUGGGUUGGCACGGGGCUCCGGGACGGGAACGCCCCCGCUCCCUCCGCCGGGAAUGGGGCGCGGCCCUCUCCCUCCGCAGGGGCAGGCCGGCCCACAACGCCGACAGUGGGGUCGCGACGCGCCGCAGCUACCUCCAACUGGUGGGCCUGGCGCUGGAGCGGCUGGAGGACCACCUGGCGGUCGCGGUUUCGACCAGCCGCCCGCGCGGUUUGAUCGUGACGGUCAGCGCGGCUUCGACCGCGACCCGAGACGCCAGGCGCAUGGCCAGGGUGGGCCGGGUGGCCAUCAGCAGACCCACCAGCUGGGCCACCAGCAGGGCUUCGGACAGAACGGCUACGGCCAACGGCCAGGUUUUGGUCCUGGGGGAGGGCAAGGCCGUGGAGGACCUGCUGGUGGAGGUUCUGGCGGCCCUGGUGGCCAAGGCGGACCGGGACAGGGUGGCUUCCGCGGCGGUCACGGUGGCCAGAGAGGAGGUCAUGGGGGUUAUCAGCAGCAGCCGUAUGGGCGUCGAUAG